UUGAAAAGGCUGAGUAUCAAUAUAAACAAAUCCGUAUUAUUACUCCUAUUCAAUCUUAUAAUAAAGAUACAACGCAAGUGGAAUUGUCAAAAUCUUUAUUACCUAUAAGUAAUAAUGAAGAAAACAGUCCAUCAGCUUCUUAUAAUUCAUCAGCUCAAUUAAGCGAAACUGUUGAAAUAAAUGAAAAUGAUGUAGAUGAUAUAGACGAUACUGAUGAUAUUGAAGAAAAUUGGACACAUACAGUUGAAUAUUUGAUUAGUUCAUUGGAUAAUGAGGAUCGCUUAAAUAAUGGUGAAGUUGUAGAUAGCGAACCUCUUGAAUUUGAUUUGUAUAGACGUAUUACUCAUCCAGUAGAUGAUUCAUUAGCAAAAUGGAGUUUAUUAGAAUUAUUCAAUGAUAUAUUAGAAGCUCCUUUUAAAUUAAAUAAUAGUAAUUUGUACUUAGAAGCUUUAAAUGAUAUUUAG